AUGGCGAGUCCGGGGAAGCCGGAGCGGGAGCGAGCCCGGGUCCGGGGGGCCGUCGGGAGGAGACAGGCAGCCGAGUGGGAGGGGGAGGCGGCGGCCUCGGAAGCAGCGGAGGAGGCGGGGGGCGGCGGAGGGGAGGAGGAGGAGAAAGAAGGCAGGAAGGGGGCGGCGGAAGAAGCCACCCAUCUGCCGCGCCGGCCCGCGUCGCCGGCCUGGCGGAGAGGCCUGGGCCGCUCGCCGCCGCUCUCCUCGCCGCGCGGAGCGGCGCCACGGUCCCGCCGGCGGGCGGGGGCGAGGAAGCAGGCGUCGGACUGCGCCCCGCGGGACGCCGAGCGGGCAGAGACCGGCAUCGCUCCCGGCUCCGGCCAGCCGGCGGCGCCCGCCCUCCCAAGAGCAGCCCCGCCGCGGGGACGGGGGAGCGCUCAGCGCCGGCGGGGGCACGUAGGGGGCAUGGGCGACGUGAGGCGCAGCCCUCCGCCGGGCAGCGGGGGUCGGUGCCGAGUUGUGCCGGCUGCUGCUGGGGAGAAGCUACCUCCGCCGCCCGGCUUGUUCCGGAGGAGGAGGAGGAAGUCUCCCCGCCUGCUUCCUCCCUCCGCCCCGGCCCAGCCCCAGCAGCCCGGCGGCCGGCAGUGCUCAGCGCGCCGCCGGCGGCCCGCCGCCUCCCUAAGGCCGCUCGCUGUCCGCGGGGUCGAGCCCCCUCGCAACAGCACUGCCGCAGUGCGCGACGACCCGCAGAGAGCACACCGGCGCCGCAGGCAGCCGCCCGUUAUUGUGGCGGUGUCCCCGCCGCCCGGUGGCCGGGCCGGGGAGGGAGGCCCGCGGCGGUACCGGCCGGGCCCCAGCGGCCUCAGCCCGCCCCGAGCAGGCGCUGCGCGCAGGGCCCGAAGCCAUCCUCGCCCUGCCUCGCCUUCCCUCUGCGAUCCGCUGGGCACGGGCGCCUCCGCGCGCCCUUCGCCUUUGCGGCGUGUGAGGCCUCCGCCCCCGCGCGAGCCCCGUCCCGCGCCCAGCGCGGCGGCACGGUGCUCCCCGCGGGGGCGGCCGCCGGCGGAGCGGGCCGGGGCGGCGAUCGACUGGACGGCCGGGCGAUUGCUGGGGCUGCGUUCGGAGCCGGUGGAGCGUGGACACUGCGCAGCGGCGGCCCAGGAGAUGGCGGCGCCGCACCGCCCGACCGGGACGGCUGCGGGCGCGGGCAGCGGCGCUUUCUCCGCCGUCGCCGGGCGGUGAGGUGUAUCCGGACGGAGCCGGCCCUUACGGCACGUGUCCCGCAGACCAGGGAGCGCCCUCAGCUUGGAAGGCGUCAGGAACGGUUCAUACAGGUCGCCCCUGGUGCGGGGGCAAGCCGCGUCUGCCGGUGCCCUGCUGUGUGUGGGAAAGGUUUCCGCAAAUCACGCCUUUGCCAGCGUUCCCCCCCUGUGCCACCCUUUUCUCUCCUUCAUGUAAUUUGGUUGAGGUUUUCACCUAGUGUGGGAAAAGGUGACCGUGGCUCCCCAGAGGGCUAGCGCCUCUGGGGCUUGUAGCGUACCUCUCACGGGAUUCGUACGUCCCAGCAAUUACAUAAGGCGAUUCAAAGCCUUUCUAGAUUUGCUUGCCUAAACUCCACACAGCUAAAACCCUCGUGUUUCCAGCCCCAAAUCAGGAAGCAACUUCAGCAGCUCCUAUUUUGUCAUCCCGUGGAACGCAAGGGUCUGAGGUUGCCUGCCACACCCUCUGCUUCACCAUCCCAAGGUGUCCACUCCUCUUUCAUAUUGCUGCUAUACAGCAAGCACAUGCUGCCUGCAUGAAGCUCCUGGCAAUACACAGAUGGCAGAAAACGAUAAACACAGCCAGUAUAGCUUUAUGAUGAUUCAUUUUUCACUCACUUCCUGGGAGGAAGUUGUUUUAAAGCUACUCCCAUGCUAAAGAUACUACAUAAGACUGCAUUGUGGCACAGAAUUCCUUUUUUGUGAGCCCUCCAGAACUUUGCAGGUAUGAAUUCUAGAUUAUUUUAUACUACAGGAAAUGGUGUGAAAAUACCAUCAGUCCUUCAACUAAGACAGUUUUCCUAACUUUUUUUGCACCUGGAUUGUUUUCCAGAAAUGAGCAAAGAAAAGAUACUUCUCCAGUGUGAAGCUACGUCAACCAUUAAUCUAACAUGCACUCCAGACUACAGACUAUCUGGAAGUUCAGGAAGGCUGUUUCUCUGUCGGCAGUCUUGCAGACAGAGAAGAUGCAUAUCCAACUUCCUGCAAACAUUAAUUUGUCUUUUAGGGAGUUGAGAAAGACACAUGAAAUCAAGAGGACUUAAAACUCUCAUUGUUGAGUGCAACAGUACAGGUGGCAUACAAGGUAUUUCCACUGGUGCUAACUUCAUAACUGCUGGAGUUUCCACGUCUGCAGCUGUCCGGCGCUUGCUGCAGGAGUAGCCUAAGUUGCCAUGUAUGAGUUGGAGGCCAGUUCGGCCAGAUCAAAGUUUCCUCUGUAGGAGUUGCUGAUCAGAGGCCUCCUGUAGGAGUCACUUGUUUAGCAUCUGGCUAAUGAUGGGAUAUACACAGGCUAGAGCGAGUCUUGUUGAAGCCGCCACUAAGAUAUUGCUAACCUUAUUGAAGAAUGAGAAAUGCAAAAGGCAGAAGAUACAACACAUCUUUCAGGAAAGGUACAUUGGCAUUUUUAAUACAUGAAAAUAUAUUCAGCUCCUCUGUUCCUGCUGUAAAAUAAUGUUUUCCUAAGACUGCAUGCAGAAAUCAGAGAUUUAAGGUGGGCCCUUGUCAUGGUUUUAGCUGGGACAGAGUUAAUUUUCUUCACUGCAGCUGGCAUAGUGCUGUGCUUUGGACUUAAUAUGAAAACAAUGUUGAUAACACACCGUUUUGGUUGUUGUGGCAUAGUGCUUGUGCUAGUCAAGGCCUUUUCUAGCUUCCCAUGCUCUGCCAGGGGCACAAGAAGCGGGGAGGGGAGGGGGCACAGCCAAGAGAGCAGAUUCAAACUGGCCAGAGGGAUAUUCCAUAGCAUGUAAUUUCAUGCCCAGUAUGUUAAGUGGGGGGAGCUGGCUGGGGGAGGGAGGCAGCAAUCGCGGCUCAGGGGCCGGCAGCGUCGGUGGGUGGUGAGCGGUUGUAUUGUUUGUGUUUCUGGGUUUUUUUCCCUUUUUCCCUUUUCCUUUUUAUUAUAUUACCAUUAUUGGUAUUACUAUAAUAAUAAUUAUUAUUACAGUUAUUUUAUUUGAAUUAUUAAACUGUUCUUAUCUCAACCCACAAGUUGGGAUUGACAAGUUGGGGAAGUGAGCGAGCAGCUCUGUGGUGUUUAGUUGCUGACUGGGUCUGAACCAUGACAGCUCUAUAUUCUCCUUCUUUAUACUCCAUCCCAGCAUUUACUUGCCUUGAAGUUGCACUGUUGCUGGGCUCCCUGUCUCAAAUAGUCAUUUCUAUACCCUGCUGUAGCUUCCAUUUGGGUUGCAAACAUGUCACGCUAGGCAAAGCUCAGUGAGCGGAGGAGAAAAAUCGUGAAGCUGAGCACGUAUCAUACUGAAGAGUAAGGGCAAUUACCUGCUUAUUUGUACACGAACGGAAGCAAGGUAUGUAUAUGAAAUGAGAAGGGCUUUGCCUGUGCAUGCCAAGAACUGGCUGUAUUGUUGACAGUUCCUGCAGGACAUACUUGUUACCUCUUACCUCACUAUCAUUGUGACACCCUUAAUGAACUUUACCAAUAUCUGAACACAGAAAAAGGGGAAACACUUUCACAUUCAGAGUGACUUUGAUGGUGCAAACAUAAUGGUGCAAUAGGAAAAUACCCUAAAUGGUAGAAUUCAGCAAUAAAGGAAUGUCAAACGCUAUGGGUUCUUUUGCAUGUGCAGUGUGACAGCCUAGAGAAAACUCAGUCAACUGCAACACCCUAUUGUGUUAGGUGCUGUACAAACAUGUUCAUAGCCCUGAAAAUCUUGUAAAUAUGCAAAAGAAAGAGGAAGUUGGGAAGCAAAGGCAUGGAAGAGUGCAGGGAUUUGCCUAUAGACAUGUGGCAUCUUGGUGGCAGAACUCAUAGCCCAUGUCUCAAAUUUGAUGGUGCCUCAACACACACCAUCUCCCUCUGGUUAAACUUCACCUCAGGAUGGGGAAUGAGCUUGAACACUGCCCUUGUCAGAGCCUAGGAACAGCAGAAGCACUGACGUAAUAAUUGUUCAUCAGUAACCAUGAAGUGAUAAAGCAGAUCACCACUCAUAAAGGCAAAAUGGCUAAAGUGGCUGUGACUGUUCUCUGCUGUGCAUUCAAAGUCAAAACCCUUUUGAGAAGAUUUUACAGCUUUUCCCAUCCAUCACUGUCUCUGCUUCAGAUAAAAGGGUCUUAGAGGGGUGAACCAUCCUUCCUGUCAAACUUCACCUUUCUGAAGGAACUAUACUGGUAAGAAGAGGAAAUGCAGUAGCGGGUGUGACCUAAGUUGAAGGCUGGAGUGGAUGCACUGCCUUGGCAUAAUACUGACAUCUACACCGUGCUGCAGCAGCGUGCACACUGUGCUGUCACUCUGUGUUGACCUACAGGGUCCAAAACAAUCAGUUGCCCACAGGGCAGCUUAAACCAGCAGAAAGACCAUGCUGAGGUCAAGAUUCAAAGCUCUUUGGAUUAGUGGUCUCAAAGCACAGUAAGAGUGGUUUCUGCCUCAACAGGUGAGUGGAAAGGCUGCCUCACACAAGCCAUCUUGACCAGUAGGCUCAUGCACAAGUACAGUGGGAACACAGGGUUUGGUGACAGUGCAAAGAGAGUUGGGAGCCUAGGAAGUCAGCCAUACUAGAGCUGUCCGUGCUUUCUUGAGAACCUUUCCCAAAGCAUGGCUUGCCCCUCAGAUAAAUACAUCAAAGCAACACACAACCUUAAUCCCACAUGCUAUUACAGUGGCACUUGCCUCUUGCUCUUCUCCCCACCAUCUCAAAGCUGGCUGCUCUGCAUGGACCAUGCUCUGCCUUUGUAGACAACAGACUUGUCUUGGAAGUGGAAGUUGGACCUACUUCCUUUCAAAGGAUGAAGCAGAGUAAGGUACAAUUGCUAUAUGAUUGACACAUUCUCUCCCACUUCUCAUUGUAUUCUCAAAUAUUGAGCAGGCCUGGAACACCCUUAGCUUGAGUUUGAGGAUUAAAAUAUAAUUCAGCUCAUUAUAAUGGAUAUAAUCCUUUUUAACAGGCUUAUGAAUGUGUGUUAAAGUUGAGGAGUUCUUGGGAAAUAUUAGCACUUAGUUGUACUUGCAGACAAGUAUUUUAAAGUUGACAUGAAUACAAUAUACAGAUAAUUAAUAGGUUUGUGUAGGUUUUUUCCUCUUUCUUCAUAUUGACCUGAAACAGGUUGAUUGUUUUGUUUUUUGAAAUAAGGGUGUAGUUACGUAAAAUCAGUCAGCAUGCCUCUAUGAUAUCCGGGCCACACAUCUGCUAAAUAGUAUGACAAAUUUGUCUUGUCCAGACAAGACCAUGUCUUUGAAACUACAUACAACCUGAAUUACUAAUAGGAAAAACAAGGGAAAGCUCUCAUUUUGAACAUUUUUUCAAGAAAUCAUAAGAAGGUGGCUUAUAGGCCUUUCUGAAUCACAAAGUGAUUAUAAGACAAAAUUAUCUCAUUUACAGGCAUGAUUUUACUGCUAACAGGGCAGUACAUUGUUAUGAGGCAUUCUCUCAAUCCUUCAUUCGUCUAAUCCCAUUUUGUAUGGAGUAAUUCUAUCUGCUGCUCUUCAGAAAAAUAACUUUUUAAUCAUACUGCUUUGCUGCUUUUAUUGAUAGGUAGAUGGGGCAAAUAUGGGAAGUGAAAUAUAUAGGAAGAACGCUGAGGCUGUGGAAGGGUAUGUGGAAGGAAAGAGUCUUCCUUUAAGGGUAUCUUGUCAAAGAAGCCAUAAAUAAGAACAUACAGAGACAGAAACCUGACUGACAAAUGGUAAGAGAAGCAGUGAUGAGAACAAACAUGGUUAGUCACAUUAAUUGGUGAGGAUACGUGGAAUGUGAGAAUGUUUGGGUUUUUUUCAGUAAGAUUAUCUGAUUAAGGACCUUGCAAAAUUGGCAUGAUAAGGAAAGGGAGGGUGAAAAACACAGAGAGUCAUAAAAUCUGAGCAAUUAGCAUUAUUGAAGACAAUAACCAGAAACAAACCUGGUCAGUCACACCAGAUGAUGGGCUAUCAAGAAACUGCAGGCAUCUGCAUCUGCUCCUACCAUUCCAUGUAUAGUCUAAUGAUACUGCACAAGGCAACUUAAAACAAUCAAAAAAGGUGGGGGACCAUAUCUCCCUCACAGCAACGUUAAGGGAUCUGGGGCAUAGGUGGUGUUCUCCUCUAUUCUCCCAGUGAGAGAAAGGGGUUCAGGAAGGAGAAGACAGUGAAUGGGAAGGUGAAUGCCUGGCUGUGUGGCUGGUGCCAUACUCAAGGUUUUGUUUUCUAUGAUUGUGGGUGUACCUUUGGGAAGCUGGGUAUGUUGCGAGCUGAUGGGAUUCAGUUGACCGUGUGAGGUAAGAGGGUCUUCACCAACAAGAUGGCUAGUCAUAAGCUUUUAAACUAGGUUUAGCAGGGCAUGAGUUUUGAGCAACAGAGAAGAGCAAGGGGCUGCUGAUGUAUUAGGAACCAACAGGGAAACACCUGUGAAAUGCCUCAAAGGAAUUAGGGUGUGUUCAUCUAAAGAGGUGAAACAGUUGAUAGCCCAACUGAAGUGCCUCUGUACCAAUGCAUACAGCAUGGGUAACAAAGGGCAACCGCUCACCACCCGCUGGACCAAUGCCGCUAGACCCUGAGCCACAACCGCUCACCGCUCCAUGCCAACUCCCCCAGUUAAUAUACUGGUCAUGACAUCAUAUGGUAUGGAAUAUCCCAUUGGCCAGUUUGGG